AUGGUGGUACGGACCAGCACCCAGCAUCUCAAGGCCGUUGUAUCAGUAUUUUUACUAACCGAACAGCGCCACGCCGACGCGUCCAACUUCGACGACGGCCUCAGCAAAGAGGAGGCCUAUGAGCAGGUCUUGCUUCAGGCUGAAGGUCUGUUUGACGGCCAACGCAACUGGGUCAACUGGUCCGGCUUCUAUCUGAUCGAUACCGCACGCAAGGAACGGGACGAGCUGAUUCUGGGCCCCUUCCACGGCAAGGUUGCCUGCCAGACCAUCGCUCUGGGUCGCGGUGUUUGCGGCACCUCGGCCGCCGAGAAGAAGACCGUGCUGGUUAAAGACGUCGAGGCAUUCCCCGGCCAUAUCGCUUGCGACAGUGAAAGCCGCAGUGAGAUUGUGGUGCCGAUUGUCGUGGGCAGCAACGAGUCACGUAAAUUGGUGGGCAUCAUCGACAUUGACUGUGCCGUGCUCAACGGUUUCGACGAAGUCGACCAGGCCUACCUCGAGAAGCUCGCAGCACUACUCGCAAAUAGCUGCGACUGGCCAUAA